AUGUGGAAAAGUGCCUGUGUCCUCGUUUUUUUAUGGGCAGCGGUUGGGGGUGCUGCCGACCAGAGACUUGAGUUUAACCCAGGGGAACUCGCGGCUUACCUAGCUCAAAAAGCAGGGCUGAAGCUGUCAACGCUCGUAACCAUGGAUCAUCUGAACGUGGAUCCACGCGAAGUGUACAUCCUCCCCCGACCACCGAAAAUUGAGGACGGCCUCAGCGCCCUACAGGGAUGGCCGUUGACACGCAUGCCAAAGCCCUACGACUCAGGGAUUGACAACUCGUCGAUCGAGGGUUAUAGGCAAGCGCAACUACGGGUGGCUCAAGCAAAGGCUGAGCUAGGCAUUGGAGAAGUGCCACGUGCGCACCCCGUGCAUCAAGCAAGUGAACUCAAGGGUGUUGAGAUACAAUCGUUCGAGGAGGUUCCCGCACAAUACCAGUCCUUCAUUUACGUCAUUCCGCAGUCCAUAGUGCACAUAGCUCUAGUGAGUUCGGCCACACCAACGACGCAGGACACGAUUCUGUAG